AAUAAGCAGAAAAUGGAUGUGAUGACUCAUUCUUCCACGUUCCUUCUUCCCGGCAACGACCACAGCUCCCGUGUUACCUACGCACUUGUUGUCCUUAACCAGCGCCUUCCCAGAUUUACUCCUAUUCUCUGGGACCACGCACAGGUGCGGGUGUGUGCUGAUGGAGGUGCCAAUCGGGUGUUCGACGAAAUGCCUCUCUUGUUCCCCCGCGACGACGCUCCUUGUUUUCGGCUCCUGAUUUCAACCAGGUACAAGCCAGACAUAAUCAAAGGGGAUAUGGACUCAAUUCGGACAGAAGUACUGGACUUCUAUACCAACUUGGGGACCAAGGUAGUUGAUGAAUCUCACGAUCAGGAUACCACAGAUCUACACAAGUGUGUAGCCUACAUUCGAGACUUUGCUCCAAACUUGGAUAGAUCAAAUCUCUGCAUUCUUGUAGCUGGAGCACUUGGUGGGCGAUUUGACCAUGAGGCUGGAAACAUUAAUGUGCUAUAUCAUUUCUCAACCACGCGAAUAAUCCUUUUAUCGGAUGACUGCCUAAUCUACUUACUUCCAAGGACUCACCGUCAUGAGAUUCAUAUUCAAUCUUCUGUUGAGGGUCCGCAUUGCGGACUCAUUCCCAUAGGGAUGACAUCUGUGGACACUAAAACAACGGGGCUUCAAUGGGAUCUCACUAACACGGAAAUGAGGUUUGGUGAUCUGGUAAGCACAUCAAACUUAGUCCAAGGUGAAAAAAUAACAGUGCAGUCCAGUUCUGAUCUUCUUUGGACGAUAUCCAUCAAGAAGGUGUGAUUGCAAGCCCUCUUCAAUUAAAGAACUAUAAAGUGAGUUGUAGGUAAUUCUCUUUGUUCAUAUCAAAUUACUAUUGAGAGGGAAUGUUAUAUUUUAGGCAGUAUUAGCUUUCUUUUCCGCUGUUACUUGGAAAUCCUGCCUCAAGCCCUAUUAGGCUUCUCCUAUUGUUGAACUUUUCCUUGAGUUGUUUGCAUCAUAAUGAUGGCAAGGAGGUAGUAAUUGUAAGACAUUUGCUGAUGUGAGGUUUUCAUUGAUCUCCUCCUCACUCCAUCCAGUGGUGACUAGAUGUACAUUCACAAGGUAUUUUAAAUAUUAAUUCCACAUGUUAUCUCAUAUUA